UGCUAAUUCUUCCUCAUGGGCUGGUGGUGCCGGCUCAGUGGGACCAGGCGGGUCCCCGGCUUGGCACUGUGCCCGGCGCCUGGUGAGGCUGGAAUAGGGCUGCUGGUCACUGUCCGUGGGAUCCUCGCUCGGCCUCGGGAACCCAGCGUCCGAGAGGCUCUUGUAACCAGCUGUGGCCUUCUGUCCGCUCAGGGCAUCAAAAAGCCGUUCACCGAGGUCAUCCGCGCCAACAUCGGGGACGCCCAUGCCAUGGGCCAGCAGCCAAUCACCUUCCUCCGCCAGGUGAGCGGUCCCUCGGAGGCUGAGGCUGGGGGGUCUUACAGCGCCAGCCAGGGCGUUAACUGCAUCCGCGAGGACGUGGCUGCCUACAUCACCCGGCGGGACGGCGUGCCUGCGGACCCCGACAACAUCUACCUGACCACUGGCGCCAGCGACGGCAUCACUACGAUCCUGAAGAUCCUGGUUUCCGGGGGCGGCAAGUCGCGGACGGGGGUGAUGAUCCCCAUCCCGCAGUACCCCCUCUACUCGGCGGUCCUCUCCGAGCUGGGCGCCGUGCAGGUCAACUACUACCUGGACGAGGACAACUGCUGGGCCCUGAACGUGCAGGAGCUGCGGCGGGCCGUGCGGGAGGCCAAGGAGCACUGUGACCCCAAGGUGCUGUGCAUCAUCAACCCCGGGAACCCCACAGGCCAGGUGCAGAGCAGGAAGUGCAUAGAGGACGUGAUCCGCUUCGCGUGGGAGGAGAAGCUCUUCCUCCUGGCGGACGAGGUACGGCGCUGCCCCGUGGGGUCCCACUCUCCUGGGGACCCGACCCUGGGCAGGGGCGUCCAGGGCAAGCUGCACGCCACAAGGUCACUGAAGGGCGGCGGGCGGCCAGCCCUGCCCUCCCCGCAUGCGGGUCCAGAGGCUGCCGCCCCAGCACCUCCACCUCAGGGAGAGCGUGCUUGUUCCUCGUCAGAGGUCAUGAGUGCGCCCAUGUCCCUUCCCGUCGCGUUCCCCUGGCAGGAGCUCCAGGGACGGCCCCGGAAGCUUCUCGCUGGUGGACGGCACUCAGUGCGUCUCCUGCCCUCCCCCCUCGCCCCCCGCAGGUGUGGCUACCGGGGAGGCUACAUGGAGGUGAUCAACCUGCACCCCGAGAUCAAAGGCCAGCUGGUGAAGCUGCUGUCGGUGCGCCUGUGCCCGCCUGUGUCGGGGCAGGCCGCCAUGGACAUCAUGGUGAACCCCCCGGUGCCCGGGGAGGAGUCCUUCGAGCAGUUCCUCAGGGAGAAGGAGUCCGUCCUGAGUAACCUGGCCGAGAAAGCGAAGCUGACAGAAGACCUGUUCAACCAGGUCCCGGGGAUCCACUGCAACCCCCUGCAGGGCGCCAUGUACGCCUUCCCCCGGAUCGUCCUGCCCCCCAGAGCCGUGGAGGCCGCGCAGGCCCACAACAUGGCCCCCGACAUGUUCUACUGCAUGAAGCUCCUGGAGGAGACGGGCGUCUGCGUGGUGCCCGGCAGCGGCUUCGGGCAGCGGGAAGGCACCUACCACUUCAGGAUGACCAUCCUCCCUCCCAUGGAGAAGCUGAAGACGGUGCUGCAGAGGGUGAAGGACUUCCACAUCCAGUUCCUCGGGGAGUUCGCCUGAGGCCCCCACUGAGCCCCUCCCAGCGACCUGCCUCCGCCCCGCCAGGGCCUCCGGUCGCUGGCACCGCCGCCCCGCCCCAGGAGGCCUCCUUCUUUGUGCCUUGACGUGGGGAGCACGUCUCUCCCGAGCCGAUGUGAAUGGGGAUGUCCCAGAAACCCCGUUUCUCUUCUUGUUUUUUGAUGCAACCAAAGUGGAGGGGACGUGGCCCGCCCGUGGGGGGCGCGUCUGGAUCUGCUGCCGCCGCCGCUCCCGGGCUCAUCGGGGUGAGAGGCUGCUCCGAGGAACAGGAGGCUGCAAGUGCAGGGCUGAACCCCGGGGAGGACUGGACAUCCCAACCGCCACGUGAUCUGUGAAAUAAAACCCUUGGUGCAGAACCCAGCCCCCAGCAGGGGCCCCGAGUCCACUGCAGGCUCAGCGGGGCGCCCCCUUCUGGCCGGAGGCAGACAGUGCGUCUCAGUGCAGGGGUGCAGGGGUCGCGGGGAUGCCCGGUCGGUGGUGGGUACUGUUUUCCUUCUGUCCUGCAGGGGAUGAGUGGGUGUGAGCAGGUGACCAGGCUCCCAGGGAGCAAGGACUCUGUGCACCCACGAGGCUUUGGGGGUGACGGGUUGGCUGGGACCUGGGACGGGGGUACAGCCCAGCGCUACCCCGCUAUCCCAGUCGUGUGUGGGGAGUCAGCCUGUUGGUGAGGGGAUCCAUCCUGCUUUUCCCCAACAAUGGUUCUCUCCCAGGGCCCGGUUGAGCCUUGGCACACACUGCCCUCUGCUGGCGAGAGCAGGAACAGUGAGACAGUGGCCCUGUCCUGGUGCCCAAGCCUUCUCGAGGACUGGCCAGUCACCCCGCCUCCAAGGUGUCCGCUGAGCCCUUGCAAACUGCGUUUGGCCCACUUCCUGCCCAUGAACUGGCCGACGCGCCUGUGGUGCGGUCGAUCUGAAGUGCAUAAAAGCGCUUCGCUUCCCGCAGCGUUUGCCUCCACAGUGUUUGCCAGCCAGGGGGCCGCAGCACCUGUCACCUCCCCAGGCCGGGGGUGGGGCACCCCCCCCUUGCCGCAGCCUCCCUGGCUUAGCACACCUGGCCGGGGCAGGCGUGCCCCCUGCCACCCCGCCUCCCCAGGGGGCAGGAAGCGAGCCCAAGGCCAGCACAGGAGUCUGGGGGCCCAGCGCGUCCCAAGGGGAAAAGGAAGCAGCUGGAUCGAGAAUCUGAGCUUGGAAAGCAGCCUCCGGGGCUCCCGUUUCCAGGGCGAACUCCCUGCGGCCCCCGAGAAAAAGGCAGCCGCAGCCCCGAGGAACAGGGUCUCUGGGAAGGCGGCCUUCCUUCAAAAGCUCCACGUUGCCGGGGCUCUGGCGUGGUCCGGAGCCAGGAUGAGCAGAGGCGGGUGCAUUUUUUAUAUUUUUGUAACAGCUUUUUUCAUGGGCGGAGGGAGGGCUGGUAUUUGUAGUUUUCACAAGCCCAGUGGUUUUUUAUAAAUAUCUCUUCGGAGUCUAAGUAACCCUGACGUCUUUGCAAUGUUUACAUGGUUUUUAACGAUGCUGCCGCGUACACUUGGUUUGCCUGUCAACAGUGACUGCGGGCCUGGCAAGGGGCACGGGGUGGGAGCGCCGGUCACGGUCACGGGCGAGCUCGUCUCCUACAGCGUCCAUCCUGGUGUCGGGUUUGGGCGCCACCAGAGAGAGACAUUGGCCAUUUAGGGCCACACCGUAAAUCCACACCCUGAGGUUUUCUGUCCGUUUAGACCCGCAGGUGGGGGGUCUGGGGGCCGGGCUGCGCGUCCCCAGGUAUGGCUUGGCGGGAGGGCCGGGAGGGGCGACAGGCCUGCCUGCCCCCGUUCCAGUCUGGAUUCUCACAGGCGUCUCCUGCGCAAGGCACCGAGGACGAGAGCUCUGCUGGGAAUUUCAAAAUAAAACACUUUGUGUCAAAAACGG